UCGGAAUGAGAGAGUAGUCGGGACGCUUCCUGAGUUCUGCUUGGAUAUAUAAACACUGCACUUGGACUGCCGGUCUUACCGUCUCUUGGACAUCACAGCCAACGCAGCUUUCCAACGCAGCCACCCGCUUUCAAAAGCCAGCCAACCUCCUACGCUCUUUUCGCACAACAACACUCGCUAUAAACCUUUGUUCUUAAGUCGCUCGUUGAACACACACACUCGCUCUCCUAAUCCAUAAUCAGCCAUCACAAUGAAGUCCUUCGCUCCCAUCGUCCUCCUCGCUGCCGGCGCCCUCGCGGCCCCCAGCCCCAGCCCCAGCGAACUCUGCGAGCGCGAGCUCAGCACCGUCAACACCAUCAUGACCACCGUCCUCAACGGUAUCCAGGCCCUCGAUGGCGCCAUCUGCUCCUACGGUGGCGGCCCCGGUGCCGAGCUCGAGACGGCCUCCGGCACCAUGCUCACCAUCAUCCACACCGCGACCAACAACGCCGCGAGCAUGUUGCCCCUUACCAUGGACGAGGCCAUCGCCUUCCAGCCCGUCUCCGACCAGCUCAACGCCGCUGGCGACAAGCUCCUCGUGGACCUUGACGACAAGGUGCCACUUCUUGCCAAAAGCGGCGCAUGCGACUCCACUCUCUCCUGGGUUGCCCAGGUUGGUAGCAACGUGAACACUCUCAUGACCACUAUCUCCACCAAGUUCCCCGCCGGCGGCAAGGGUGGUGACGAGAUCACGCACUUCAACGGAAUCUUCUCUCAGAUGCAGGACAAGCUCUCCACCUGCUCCACCGGUAGCAAGGGCUCCAGCACCGGCUAUGGCUCCGGCUCUGGCUCCGGCUCUGGCUCCGGCUCUGGCAGCAACGACAAUGCCGUCGGCUCCGGUACCAAGGUCGUUGCCCCCACUCCUGUCCCCACUUAUGGUGCCGGCAACGGCACCAACGGUGCUUCGCCCACCUCCACCAUCCGCCCCGUCGUCACUGCCGGCGCCGCUCUGAUGACCUUCUCCGGUGCCGGCCUGGCCGUCGCCGUCGCCGCUUUCAUCCUGUAAGCUCGCUAUCUGCGGUUUACGCCGGAUAAAAGAAAAGAACAAAGACCCGGGGGCCUCCUGGACGGGAACUUUGCACUUACUUGCCCAACAUUCUUGUGUAUAAGAUAUUACCUCCAUCUCAGGGGCACCUCGAUGAUGUCAUGAUUUACUUUCGCUGGUGGAGUCUUUUUCGUGCAAUUAAUGUGUAGUCACAUAGUCGAUACCAAGAAGAAGUUCAAAUCAAGUUUAAGCAUUAGUUGUAGCCGAUCACCCUCUUAGUGUUCAUCAGUCUCGUGUCAUGUUGCUUCGUAAGGGGGUUAUGGUUAUGUCUUGCACGGACAGUAUAGACGUGACUAAUCGCACUGGAAAUUAGGCUCACUGCAGGGACAGUUUAGAUUGUUUUAGGUACUUUACGGCAGCGCACGCAGGGAUUUAAGCCUGGAGCCGAUCAAGAGCAAAAGAAAACAUGCCAUCACAAUCAACCCACAUGGGACGAUGCAGCCAAGCCGCAUCGACCC